AUGCAAAGGGAGAUAGACAAGGAAUCUGAUUCAGAAAAUGGAGCUGUGGAUUACACCAUCAUGUCCAGAAAAGCCCUUGAUAGCUCAGUGGUCCCCCUGCUUGAGAUCCCAUUUACAGCACAGGAUGUCAUCUCUAGGAUUGAGCAAGCACAACUCUGUAGAGCCAGAGAGGACGUUAAUAUGCGGCUGGGUGACAUAAUGCUCAACGUGCAGCGGAUAAUAAAUCGCUACACUGUUGAUGAGCAUGUGCACUCUGGAAGGAAAAUCUCCCUUCUAGAACAUAAGAAACGGAGAACAAAUUUGCUGGAGAAAAUGGUUACUUACACUAAGGCUGCUGAAAUGAGAGAAAAGAUUCUUGUCUACAUCUUGGCCUGUUUGGAAGAAUGGAAUGCCAUUUUGUCUGAGAUGACUGAAAUUGAUAUUGAAGAACACCACCACUGGAUAGCACAAAUGCAGAUUUUACCAGAAACGUUCAAAGCUAUUGAGGGCAACGUCAAGAUACUGAGUAGAAUUAGUACAUCUUUGCUCGAAGAAAAGAGGAAACAAAAGAAAAAAAUAACAUCUAGAAGUACUCUAUGGAAAUCUUGGAAAGAAAGAGUUAUAAAGCGACCUGCAACAGCCCAUGCUUUAAGACCAGAUCAGAUGAUUAGUGAUGAAUUUGCAACAAAUACAAAAGUUUCAGAAAUCCAAGAUAUGCUACAAGAACUCAUAGGCACUGCAAUGUUCAAUAAAUUGGAAAACAAUGCUAUUAAAUAUAUAUCAUCAACAAUAGUAAACCUUUCUAAAGCUUUGCGUACACUAAAUGAUGAAGUAAAAGUUUUUAACCUCCAAAGUGCAAAUAUGUAUAUAAAUGAGACAAGUGAAAGAGAAAAAGAGCUCUCUCUGAAGAUAAUACAAGAUCUCAGUGAAAAAAAUGAAAUGCUUCAGCAGAAACUUCAAGAUGCAGAAGAAAAACGUGAACAGCUUAUUCGAUCCAAAGCUAUAGUAGAACGUCAAGUACAUGCAGCGUUGCCCACAUCAACCUUGAAAGUGUUACCUAAGCUUUCUCCACAAUCAUCCAUGGUCAUUAGCAAAGCUGACGUAGAAGACAGUAUGGACAGUGUUUUGGCCAAAGAAUUGGAAAAUAUUGUAGAUGAGGCCCAAAGAAAAGGGACCAAAGCCUCGGGGAUCAAGUGGGACUCAACUAUUUCAUACACAGCCCAAGUUGAGAUGACUCCAGAUUUAACUGAACAGCAAUACCCUUUACCUGAAAAAAAACAGAAAAAGUCUUCUAGCAAUAUUACUGAAGAUAUUACUGAAGAUAAGAUAUCACUGAAGGAAGGUGGUGUCUAUCAGAAAGAUGGGACUGACCCGUAUCAAUUACAGAAAACAAAACACACAAAAGGCCCAGAUAUGCAUGAGACCUCUGGACCAAAUCUGAGUGAUGACAAAGGUGAAUACAAAGUCUCAGAAACUAAACUUGAUCACCACUCUGAGCUACAAGCACUAGAAAAGAAGAAAAAAGAAAGAAAAUCCUCUUCUGAAGCCAAAUCAAAGUCAUCCACUGAAUCAAAAAGUCAACAUGUCCCUGCUGAUUUCCUUUCUACGAACAUAAAUAGCCAAGGUGGCAAAAGCGGAACAAGUAGUGUGUGGGAUCAACUCAGGAAGGUCAGACCUGAACAUUCACUUGACAAAAGCCAGAUUUCUUCAGAGAAGAAAGAGGAGCCCACCACUGAGUCAAUGGCCAAAGAGAGCAAAAGCGAGAUGAGUAGUCAAGCAGAGCCAUUCAGGUUGAUCCAACUUGAUUAUUCCUCUGAGAAAGUGAAAACAACAGGAAAGAAACAUCCAAUUUCUCUAGGAACCACCACAAGCAAAGAAGGAAAAACUGAAGAGAAGGACGUGUUAGCCUUUGACAAGAAAAUCAAAUCGCAUGAACUUGUUAAAUCACAGUCUAGGAUAACUAAAGAGACUUCAGAAUCUACCAGAGCUCUAGGAAGUCUAGAUGGCAAAAGUGAACAGAGUAACCUACUCACCCCUCAGCAGGCCCAGGCACAGGGGAUCAGUCUCACCCCUCAGCAGGCCCAGGCACAGGGGAUCACUCUCACACCUGAGCAGGCCCAGGCCCUGGGGGUCACUGUCACCCCUCAGCAGGCCCAGGAAAUGGGGAUCACUCUCACCCCUCAGCAGGCCCAGGAAAUGGGGAUCACUCUCACCCCUCAGCAGGCCCAGGCCCUGGGGAUGACUCUCACCCCGCAGCAGGCCCAGGCACAGGGCAUCACUCUUACCUCCGAGCAGUUCCAGGCAUUGAUGGGCACCCUCACCUCUGAGAAACCCCAGGGUUUGGGAGUCACCCUCACCUCUGAGCAAAUUCAGGCAUUGGGACCUCUCACUUCUCAACAGGCUCAGUCAUUGGAGGGCUCUCUCACCCCUGAGCAGGCCCGGUUAUUGCAGGGCCUUCUUGUUCCAGAACAGGCACAGGCACUGUUGUUCACUCUCGCUCCUGAGAAAGCCUGGACUUUGGGUAUCACACGUACCCAUGAACAAGCCCAGGGAGUGGAUAUUACCCUCACCCCUGAGCAGGCACGAGCACUGGCGGUCCCUCCUACCCUUGACCGGGCUCAGGCACUAAAGACCCCUCUCACUGCAGAACAGGCCCAGAAAUUGGGGGUCCCUAUCGCUCCAAAGGUGGUUGAAGAAGUAUCAAACACUCUCAUUCUUAAGCAGAUUCAAGCAUUAGGCAUCACUUCCUCUCACGAGCAGGCUCAGACAUUUGGCAUUCCUUUUACUCUGGAUCAGGCCCACGAAGUGGGAGUCCCCGUCAUCUCAGAUAAAGCCCAUGCCUUAGAAUCUCCCCACACUCCUGAGCAAGUCCAACCUUUGGGAGCCCCUUUCACUCCAGGACAGGCCCAGCCCAUGGGUACAACUUUCGUGUCUGAGCAGGACCUAAAAUCAAGAGCUCCUCUCAUUAAGGAGCAGCCCUCACGACUCUGGACUGGUCUUCCUUCAGGGCAUACCCUGGACGUUGGGAUCUUUUCUUUUACUGAUAAAUCCAUCACACCAAGUGCUCCUCGCAUUCCUAAGCAGUCCCCCACAUUGGCGCCUUCCACUCCUUUUCUCCCCGCUGGGCAAUCUGUUACAUCAAGCCCUAGGCAGUUCCCAGCAUCUUCCGCUCCUAUUGCUGAGAAGUCAUCUAUAUUUGAGGUCUCUUCUACUCCUUUGCAGAUAUCAAGGUCUCCUCUUACCCAAGCCCCCUUUGUCUCUAGGAAAUCCCUAGGAAUGAGGAUUCUUUCUGACUCUGGGAAGCUCCUGGCACCACAGACUUUUCCUUCCUCUAGACAGAUCCCGGUUUCUAAGGGUCAAUCCACUUCUGUGCGGUUCUUAACACCAGAGGUCCCUCCCAUCCCUGGGAAGCUCCCAAUACCUGGGGUCCCUCCCACUCCAGGGCAGCCCCUUAUAUCUGGAGUCCCACCUACCUCUGCACAGAUUCCCAGUCUCUGGGCUCUCUCUCCUGGGAAGCCCUUGGUUCCUGGGGCCUCUUCCAUCCCUGGGGAGCUCCUGGAAUCUGGACCUUUAACCCUCUCUGAGCAGUCCCAGGCAUUCCAGCCCCCUGCCACCCACGAGCAAUCUCCCUAUCUACAAGCCCCUUCUACUCUUGGGCAGCAUCUGGCACCAUGGACUCUUCCUAGGCAAGCUUCCCCACUGUGGAUCCCUCCUACCCCUGGGUAUCCCCCAACACUAUGGAUCCCCUCAACCCCUGGAAAGCCCCAGAAAGAUCUGUCCUCUUUUGUCUCCAAGAAAAGUAAGGACAGAUUGGCAAUUAUCUCUUCUCUGAAAUCUAAAUCAGUAUUGGCCCAUCCCAGUGCCCCAAAUGUCAAGAUAACUCAAGCCCCUUUCACCACUGAGAAGUUCCAAAUAUCAGAGGUCUCUGACACUUCUGAAGAAAUCCAGAUGCUCCACGAUCCUUUUGCCACGGAACAGUUUAGAACAUUUCAGUCCUAUCUCACCAAUUAUAGGACACCAGUAUCACAAACCCCUUACAUUGAUGAGGGGGCCCUUCCCACCUUCAUGAAGCCUGUAACAUCACUACCUUCUCUUACUACUCAGCUACCCAAAACACCACAGAUCUCACCUUCUGAAUGGGACCAGAAAUCCCGAUUUCCUCCUAUAGACAAGCCCUGGAUGCUGACUUCAGUUUCAGUUACCAAGAAACCCAAGAUGAGGGUGCCCCCUUCCUCUCCCCAAGAGCUCAAAGAGCAGAGGUAUUUUGUCGAUGUGGAGGCUCAGAGAAAGAACUUGAUACUCUUAAGUCAGGCCACAAAAGCUUCUGGACUCCGUUCAGAGCUACACACAACAGCCAGGAAUCUCAUAAUUGAAACACUUCAUACGGACACAGUUCGGCUGGGAUACCUGUUUCGCAAGUACAUCGCCUAUAGGCUCAUCCAGCGUGCAAGAAACAACAUCAUCAAACAAUUACAAGCCAUCCAAAACACUGGGAAAGGCUAUGAGAGCCGGAACCUCUACAUAAUGCUGAGCAGAAUUGAUGACUACCAGAAAAAGGUGAUGUGGCUCUGGACCAAGAAGCAGAAGUCUCUAGAGCAGAAACGGAAUCAGUGCCUGAGGAACAUGAUAUUCUUAUUUAGCCAGCUCCAAGAUACGUGUAAAUUGAAUCUUAGCCAACCUAUCCCUUUGAUCAUCCACAAAAAGCAGAUACCUGCCUCUACCAAGUUUGUUCAAUGGCCAUUCCUAGGGCUAUUAAUACAAGAGGACAGAAAGUCUGACAUAUUCAAGAAAUUUAGACAAGAAGACCAAAUGGAAGCCAUCUGGAAUGCUGAUCUGUCCACUUCAAGCUACCCAAUAACAGAGAAGACAUCAAUACAUUCACUCUGGGCCCAGCUGGGUGGGUACCCAGAUAUUCCUAUGCUGCUCCAAUUAGAUGUUCAGUCUACCUUCAGAAAAUCUCUUGCAUUCAUUCAAUCACAGUAAGUUAAGAAUGGGGAGCACACUGGUAAUUGGGCCUUUGGUCAUA